AACCAAAAUCACCGUCUGUCAAAAUCGCGAUACGUGUGCGGUGCGCUGAUGGUGUGUGCGCUGGUUGGCAGUGAUGUUGUGAGUGAACGAAAAGUAGUGAAAGUGGUGAAAGAUUUUUUCCCCUGGCCAGACUAGCGCUAAAAAUUUCAACUCCGACCUUUACCAGCCGCCUGAGACAGAACUAAGCUGAGCUGACCGACGAUCCGCAGCAUAACAAUGGCGACCCGUGGCGGUCCUAUGGUCCUCGGAACCGACGGUGCCGAUUUCGAGCACAGGCAGCGUGUGGCCGCACAUUACCAAAUCAGUGCACUCAACAAAGCUCGGUUAAAAUACUGCAUUUUCUUUCACUACCUGCUGUUUUUCGUAAUGCUAGUCAAACUCUCCGCCGACAUCUUGGAUCGCCUGGACAUUUUCAUACUGGAGAUCGAAGAACUUCAAAUCCCCCCACCGCUGUGGUGGGAAUACUUCUGGUGUCUGUCGGUGUUUCUCUCCUUCGUCGGUCUGUCGGCGGCCCGUCGCAACCGUAUAAAUGACAUGAAAAAAUACAUGGUCGGUAUCAGCACGAUCGCCUUCGCUCCACUUCUUUACUGCAUUAUCUACUACCUGAACGACGUGAUGGAGUACAUGAGCUUGGAGCAGGACGUCCAGCUGGAAGACACGGAUAUCUUCGUCUGGCAGGUAAUUGGAUAUCCAUACGGACUACUGUGGUACGGAUUCGUGUUGCUGGCACUUCAAGUGCACUUCUUCUCGCUGUACUUUGCCUGGAACCUCAUAAAGGCCUGGAGGGUUCGCGGUACGCUCAAAAAGGCAGAAUAGGAUAGAUCGACUAACGAUGGCAGAUCAAACACUUAAAGACAAUAUAUUCGAUAAAACAAAUGUACGUCAAGCUACUGUCUAGCUGUUCUCCACCGGCACGAUAUUAAAUAAUCAGAUUGCUUCUUCGAUGUGCAGAAAACAAACAUUUAUGCAGUCAAAUUUCCACGUGAUUAGAUCAGUUCCACUGUAGCGUUUAUGUCCUAAUGAUUGGUAAUUUCAAAGUAGGUGUCGGAUAAAAAUAAACGGUCAUCACGCUCCUUCGAAGGAGAUAAGUGAACUGUUGCAGCUCAUGUUGGUAUCAGAAAGGCUCAUUUUUACUAUUAGUGUCGCAUAUAACUAGGCAUUAUUUUUCAUCGAUGUAGUAGAACAGGUAAAAUAUUAACGGGUUUAAAAAUCACUGCAAUGUUAAAUUAGAAGUAAAUUCGUUAAACUUACAAAAUGUUUACCAGUUCAACCAUUGUAAUAGUUCUUCUUGCAAUACUGUACAUGUUUAUCAGUUUACGAUACCAGCUCUUUGUAAAAAUUCUUGAAUAUACCAACCUACCCUACAGACAAAAAGGAAAAUUAACAAAGACGAACUACAGAAAGGCUGCCACAAGACCUAAAAUAAGGGAAUUUGUCCCACUUUCAGUUUUCAUUUUCGUAUUUUGAUUUUAGAAACUACUAACGAUGCAAUACAAAACGAGGAAGGCGUUCGUUGGAUAGGCCUCUCUACGUGCGCUCACGAUAAGCAAACCCAGCGUUAAACGAAGAGCUCAAUUUAUUUGAUAUUUACAAAAUUCACCGCAAACGGUAUGAACAGGAGAGAAUCGUUACUUAUACAGUUACUUUUUAUACGCCCAAAAAGAGCUUGAAUAGAGCAGUUGAAUAACAGAGAAAUCCUUAUUGUUAAUGACAAGAAAAGCCGCACUAAAACGGACUUGAACGAAAUAUUGUUAACCCCCCCAUGAGUACUUCGAACGAUGAUGUAAACCUGGGCGGUGUGUGUGAAUUUACAGGAAUACAUAUUUUAAUGGCUAGAAAAAUGACACAAAGAGGCGAUAACAGACACAAUUUACAUUGAAAAGCAAAAUAAUAUUUAUUGUGAGUAAUGUUAUUCAAACUAUUCUUAUGAAAACGGCAAAAACGAUUAAAACUUCAAGAGGGAGGACAAAUAAAGUCGUUGAAUGUGAACACGGAGACCUGGAA